CCAACACAAUCCAUGUAAGAAAAACCAAUAAUUAAAAAAAAAAAUAUCCGAAAACUAGAAGAGAAGCAAAGCCACGAACCAGGAAAACAAGCAGCCAUGGUUGCACAAGCAGCAGCAAUAACAACUUCAUCAUCACAUCUUCUCUUCUUAACCUCAUGUUCUCUGUCUCGCCCGUCUCCUUCCCAGUUAUGUGUCUUUGACUCAAAAACACUGGUGCCAUACCCCAACAGCACUAGUUCUUACAAGAAAAAACGUGGUGGUGAUGGGCUCAAGUGCAUGGCUGUGAGCACGGCCUCAGAGGCUAAAACAAAGAAGAGUACGUUUGAGAUUCAAACACUGACUGGUUGGCUGUUGAAGCAAGAACAGGCUGGUGUUAUUGAUGCUGAGCUCACUAUUGUUAUAUCAAGCAUUUCAAUGGCAUGUAAACAGAUUGCCUCUUUGGUGCAAAGAGCUAGCAUUUCUAACUUAACUGGAGUUCAAGGUGCUGUUAACAUUCAAGGAGAAGACCAGAAGAAGCUUGACGUGGUCUCUAAUGAGGUGUUCUCUAGCUGCUUGAGAUCAAGUGGGAGGACAGGAAUCAUAGCAUCAGAGGAAGAGGACGUGCCAGUGGCAGUGGAGGAGAGUUACUCUGGAAACUAUAUAGUGGUUUUUGACCCGCUAGAUGGAUCAUCCAACAUUGAUGCUGCAGUGUCUACUGGUUCCAUCUUUGGAAUAUACAGCCCCAAUGACGAGUGCCUGGCCGAUAUUGGAGAUGACUCCACUCUUGACCAAACGGAACAGAGAUGUAUUGUGAAUGUGUGCCAGCCAGGAAAUAACCUCCUUGUUGCUGGCUACUGCAUGUAUUCAAGCUCAGUGAUUUUUGUGCUAACUAUAGGAAAAGGCGUGUUCUCUUUCAGCUUGGAUCCAAUGUAUGGAGAGUUUGUUUUAACUCAAGAAAACAUCCAGAUACCAAAGGCCGGGAAGAUUUAUUCAUUUAAUGAAGGAAACUACCAGUUGUGGGAUGACAAGCUGAAGAAGUACAUUGAUGACCUUAAAGACCCUGGUCCGAGUGGCAAGCCCUACUCCGCUAGAUACAUUGGAAGCUUGGUCGGUGAUUUCCACCGUACGCUGCUGUACGGUGGCAUUUAUGGGUACCCCAGGGACAAGAAGAGCAAGAAUGGGAAGCUGAGGCUUCUGUAUGAGUGUGCACCGAUGAGCUUUAUAGUGGAACAAGCUGGUGGGAAAGGAUCAGACGGGCAUCAGAGAGUACUGGAUAUCACACCUAAUGAGAUACACCAGCGUGUUCCGCUUUACAUAGGGAGCGUGGAGGAAGUGGAGAAAUUGGAGAAGUAUUUGGCUUGAUUAAAAUGUAAGAGGAAAGAUUCAUUUUGUUUUGAGAAGCUAAAUGUUUGCAUGGGCCAUGCCAAUUCCUCAUAAAUACACUACUGGAAUUAAGAACACAGAAUAUCGUUUGUGUAUGACUGUCAAAUCGUUUUUUUAGAAGCAAUGGAAGAUUGAAACCUGAUGCUAAGAACCAAUCAGGAAACCAUUGCAGCAGGACUUCCAGGAAGAACAUGAAUUUUGUUUUAUCACUGAGAAUUGAGUUUCAAUUUUUGAAGAACUGUUGCUGCUAUAGCCCAGCUGUGCAUCAAUGAUGUCGGCAGCUGAACAUAGCCAUAGAGCAGGCAAUUUCAUCUUCAAA